GCGGGGGAGGCGCUGAGCCUGGGGCCGCUCGUGACGCUGGUGCUGGCAGAGGAUGGGACAGCGGUGGAGACGGAGGGGUUUUUUGGGGCGCUGGCACCCCAUACCCCCCUCAUGGCCCUGGCGCCAGGGCAGCACUGGGAGCCUCCCAAGUCCAGGGAGCACUGGGAGCCCGACCCCCCCCAGGAACGGGGCCUCCGCCCUGGGGCCGAGGUGGCCCGCGUGACGGUGGCCCUGACCAAGACGAAUCCCCACGACCUGGUGGGGCAGCUGCGGGUGACGGCGGCCGUCAGGGGCCUCCGCUGCGACGUGGGGGGGCUCGGCCCCGAGCGGCUCCUCAGGGAGCUGCUGCGGCUGCUGGCGGCCAUGACACGUGCCGUGGGGCAGAGCCUCCUGGGCCUCUCGGCCGCUCUCCGCCAUCUCCUCGACGGCGCUUCGCCCCACAGAGUGACCUACAACCGCUAA